UUGUUAAGCUCCCCUAAGGUGACCUGUGGUGAGAUUUUGGUGCAUCCAUGUGGUUAAGACAACACGUUUCUUUAUAAAAGGACGUGACAUCACAAAUGGGGCCUAUAAACCUCAGUUGAAUUUGCUGACAGGUUAUUUUUGAAGACUUACAGUCAACGGUUUUUCAAGUCAGAUUUUUGUGCUGGCCUUGUGGAUCAUUUAAAAUGUUUUGGAGUUUGACAAUGGCUUUGGUUCUUAUGGCAGUAGUUGAUGCCUGUCCGAUACUCUGCAAAUGUGAAGAUUUUAACAUCAUAACCUGUUCGCACCAAAACCUUCUGGAGUUUCCUCACCUGCCCCAGGGUACAAAGCAAUUGUAUGCUACCCAUAACAAAAUACAGGCACUCCCGAAUGAAGGUUUGGAAGGAUUGGUGGUUCUAGAUCUAAGCAAGAAUCGCUUAAAUUUGUCACUGACAUCUGACAGCAUUUGGCAGAACAUGAGUAAUCUGACCAAGCUAUUUCUGGCAGGAAAUGCACUAAAUAUAAUAACACAAAGACAAUUUCAAGGACUAGUAAAUCUUAAAAUAUUAGACCUCAGUGAAAACGACAUUGAUACUCUGCCUCAGAAGUUUCUUUAUGGUUUGAUCAACCUUAAAGUCCUUAAUCUGAAUUUUAAUCAAAUUUUCAGUUUAUCUUAUGGGGUCCUGGUGGGAGCUCCUGCCCUGAUGGACCUCCAACUAAAAAGCAAUAAGAUUAAGAUGAUAGCGGUGGAUGUAUUUGAAAACUGCACCAAUCUGUCUAAACUGUAUCUGUCACAAAACAAUCUGAAAAGUGUAGGCAAUGAAGUAUUUAGGGGUGCAACAGCACUGGAUCACCUUGAUCUUAGUCGAAAUGGGUUAACUGCCAUACAUAUCGGGUUCCUCAGCAACAUCCCAAGUCUCACUAGCCUCUAUCUUCAGAGAAAUGACAUCGCUAGUAUUCCUGAGGAUGUUUUCUCGGACAAUCCUGAAUUGAAGCAUUUGGACUUGAGCUAUAAUGCUCUCGUUUCUCUGGCCGCCGGUUCCCUAAGAGGUCUGUCCCGUCUGGGUGCGUUAGAUCUGAGUUUCAAUCAACUGAAGUCCUUAACUUCACAAGCGUUUCAAGACUUGGAGAAUCUUGAGAACCUUAAUCUGUAUCACAAUAAUCUAAAGUACCUUCCGGAUGAUUUGUUCAACAAUUCAAGCAACAUAACAGAGCUCCAGUUGGACAACAAUAAUAUUUCUGUUAUUCCACCCAACCUAUUUCACCCACUUCGCAAAUUAUAUGAUCUACAGUUGGAUAACAAUCACAUUUCAAAGCUUAGCCCACAAACAUUUAUGAUGCUGACAAAGCUUAAGGAACUUGACCUAAGCCACAAUGAUCUUGAGGAGAUUCCAAAUCAAAUCUUUCAAAAGACAAAACAUCUGAGGGAUCUACAUCUGGACAACAAUCACAUCCACUACAUUUCAAAGUCAUCCUUUCAUGGUCUAAGAAGACUGCACACACUGAAACUCAACAGAAACAGGCUGUCAAAUCUACAUGCAAAUUUACUGACUGAUCUCAGUAGGUUACGGGAGUUAUGCCUGAAUGACAACCAGAUAGAAAUCAUCCCUGUUGGAUUUUUCACAGGACUCUCAAACUUGAAGAUUCUAGAUUUGUCCAACAAUAAUCUGCAUUACCUGUCCUCGUCAGUCUUUAAAGAUCUGUCCAUACUGAAAUUGCUGGAUUUGAGCUACAAUAAACUCAACACACUUCCAGAAGACAUCUUUUCAUCUUUGAGGAAUCUUCAAAGGCUCCACCUGCAAGCAAACCAGCUGUCAUACUUGCCAACCAAAGUGUUUUCUGCUCUGACCAAUUUGGAAGAGCUCGAUCUGGACAAAAACCAGCUCCGGCGCAUUGAUCCUGCACAGUUUAAAGGCUUAGUGAACUUAACACAACUCUACAUUAAAUCUAAUCAACUGCGCUCAAUGGAGAAAGGGACACUGUUGCCUUUAAGAAACCUGAAACAAAUCUAUCUUAAUAAGAAUCCCUGGGAUUGCUCUUGCAAGUCCAUUUUGUACAUAAGUCAGUGGUUAAACAAUAAUACUGGUCUGGUAGGAGGACCCGUCAAAUGCUCCUCUGGCCGAAAUCUUUCCUAUCCAUCCCGUUUUCCAUCCUCAUUGUCACAGCACUGUACAAACGCUGCCUAUUUCUCUGUGUACAGUCAUACCAUUGAGAUAUUAACAGUCUUCAUAGCGUUCUCUCUGGCUUUUCACUUCUUCACUGUAUGAAUUGCUGUGCUGUGCAAGCCUUUCAUAUGUGGUUAAAGUUCUAAGAUAAAAAACAACCAGAGCUUGUGAGCAAAUAACCAAGCUGACCUAUUUUGAAUGCAAAUGCUGACAGAAAUCAAACAAACCAUUUACAUGACAUGACAUUGUAAAUAUGAUGGAUAAUACAUAAAGUGCAUGACACAAUUAUUUCAUAGAGGCCAAAAGGGAAAUUCCACUUACUCAUUUCAUAACUCAUAACUUGAAUUCACUUAUUCGGGUGUUUCUAAGAAAUGGCUGCAAGCUGUGGUUGUGUGGCUGUAAAACUAGGUUGGAACCUAGGUUGCAUUUAUUUUAUAGUAGUAAUUUCUUUUAUAUUUUUGUUGCCUUGAAAAAUCAGCAAAUAAAUGAAUCCAUAUGAAUGUACUGGAUAAAAAUGCUUAAAUAAAACAACGGUGGUCACACUUUAUAAUAUGUUGUAUUUGUUAACACUAGUUAAUGCAUUAGCUAACAUGAACUAACAAUGAACAAUGCUUCUACAACAUUUUAUAAUCUUAGGUCAUGGUAAUUUCAGGAUUUACAAAUACAUUUUUAAAACUAAAAGUUAACAUUAGGUAAUGCACCAUUAACUAACAUGAACAACUGUAUUGGCAUUAAAGGGGACAUAUCAUGAAAAUUUGACUUUUUCAAUGUUUAAGUGCUAUCAGUGCUUCUAUCAACCUAGGAAAUGUAAAAAAGAACAACCCAGUUUUGGUAAACUAUUCUCAACAAGCAUGUGAAAAAAUAGG